AUGGAGUACAGCGACAAUACCAAUUUCAUCCCUACACCAACACCUCAUCAUCAUUUCUCGCACGAGCCGACCGCCAGUCAGAUUGCUCAAUCAAUGGCGGCUGGCGGCAUUCUAGCCCCUUCUGGAGCUACUUAUUUGCCAUAUAAUACGACGAUGUCGACAUUUGGAUUCCCCACGUCAAUUCAACAGUUCUCCCCCUCGCUAAACUCUCAAUCUCAGACGACCACUCCAACACCAGAAUCCCCAUAUCCAUAUCCAUAUUAUUAUUCACAUUUACACUCGCCCUCCGACCUCCCUCUCAGUACCCCUCCCGAACUCCCCAUCUCUAACACAACCACAACCACCCCCCUCACCACCCUCCACACCCAAAGAACCUACCUCCUCUCCACCCUCGCGCACGAAAACCACCACGCAACCACCCUCCUCACCUCCCUCGCACCCCUCACCACCCUUCCCCCUCCUUACUCCCGCCGCACCCGCAAACGCCUCACCCACUUCUGUCACCGCCUCAACGAGACGACGAAGCAGGAAACUGCGAUUCUCUCGCGCGUGAACCAGCUGACGGCGAAGAUUAAUCGGAGGGAGUAUGUGGAUGCUCUGCAGAGGGAGAGGAGGUCCGAGGAGAUGCUGAGGGAGAACGCGAGGAGGGCGGUGGAGUGGUUGCCGUUGGAUAAGGGGUGGACGCCGGUUGUGGAACGAGGUGUGAGUUUGGGGUUAGAUGGGAUUGAGGAGGGGAUGAUGGAGAUGGGGGAGUUGAGGAUCACGACUCCGUUGCCGUUGGAUCCUACGAGUCCGAGUUUUCGACCUGGGAUAAGGGGGUGGGGACAAGGAGGCUUUCCCUUCCCGGUACUUGUUGUGUCGGAGGACUCGUUCUAUGGGGGGAUGGGGGAUGAAAAGGCUGGGAAUGGGGAAUGGGAUGGGAAUGCGUGA